AUGAAUAGAUCCAAAAGAAAUGAUGGAAAGAACAUUGAAGAGGAUUCAAGCGAGGCUUCAGAUGAAUCAUCGGAUGAGUACAUUUUGAGUGAGUCUGAAGAAGAAGAAGCCUCUAUUUUCAUGCCUUACAAAACGGUUGAGAGUCCUUUUCAACUCAAGGUGCUUACAAAGACUUAUUCUUCAGAUCCGUCGCAAACUCUUUCUCCAACUCUGGUCAUUGAGAAAGAAGAACCUAUUGCUUCUUCUUAUUUAAGAUCGGAACAUCAUCAUCAUGGUAUGAGGAGAGUGGUAACCAGGAACUAUGCUAAAGACAUUACUACCUUGCUUGGCACCCGCAUGGCACAAGGUUUACUUCAACAGUCAACUUUGUCAGAUUCUCAGAAGACGACAUCUUCACCAAACUUUGUUACUCCUGUUCGAAGGGUUCGAAAAGUCUCUUCAAGAAACUCCUCUGCCUCAUCUUCCUCUUCCAAUAAGGAUUCUUCAGUUGCGGCCAUGAUGGACUAUUUAAAGUUUUUCAUCACCAAGACUUCUUCCCUUAAUGAUGAACAAGAAGAAACAUUCCUUUCUAGGUAUUUGGAAUUCAUGUAUGAAAACAUACCACUCUCAUUUCCAAAUCCUUUUCCCAAAUGGAGAUCAAUACCACUGGAUAUGUUCCGUCUUUUCGUUCAAGUGAAAAAGAAUGGAGGUUACAGCUCAAUGGAAAUGUCAGAUUGGAAUGACGUAUAUUCGUUCAUGCGAAAUUAUUGCUCAAUUGUUAAGAACCCUGGUGGAAGGCUAAAAAUUCUUUACCAGUAUUAUUUGCUUGAAUUCGAAAAGUCUGGUUUUGACAUUGAAACUUUGCAUGAAACAGCAGACAGUUUGAAAAAAUUCAGACAAGAAAGUGAAGAACUUCAAAAGAGGAUUAUAACGUUUAUUAAAAAGAAGAGCGUGAAUGAACUUCCUGAAAGUUGCGUCGAUCACAGUUGCAAUACCCCUUUGGACGAGACGCCAAAAAAGCAAGAGCAGCAAGCAUCAAGAAAGAUAUCAAAACAUGUCGAUUCAUCCGAUGCCUAUCUCAUUUUCUUCAAGCAAAAUAACUCGACAUCUUUUGUGAUUAAGACUGAAAUAUAUAACAAUGCAGUUGGAAAUGCAUUGUUAAAGGUAGAACCUAUCGUCAUGGGUCCUAUUCUUUCAUGUGGGCAAUCUCUGUGGAUGGAUUUAGAGAAUGACGAAUUUCCAUCGAAUUUUUCGCAACAGACAACACAUAUUUUGGAAAAGGGUACCUUGGCAUAUUCUGAAAAUCAAAGUUCAAUUGUUUUUGGAUUUGGAGCAACUCCAAAAUCUGAAAAUGGAGAGUGUCGCCUUACUGAUCCAUGUAUUGUUUUUGGCCGAAUCAAUGACUCCAAAUAUACGUUUGAUGAAGACGACCAAUCUGCCACCUAUUUACCACAAGCACUUUCCAUAAUUGGGAAUGAUUCAGAAGUAUGGUGUGCCAAGUUGUGUCUUAAUAUUCCUCUCGAGUUCUCAGGCACAUUAUCUCAACAAAGAAAAAAGAUGAAAACGUCAGAAGGCAGCAACGAUGAGUAUUCAUCUGAUCAUUCCAAACUUGUUGAGUCUCCACAAAGAGUGUUCACCAUGAGAUACAGAUAUGAAGGAGAAACGGAAGUCGAUGCAAGGUUAAUCACAAAGAAAUAUUCAGGUAUGGGUUCGCAAAUUGACCUUCGUGAAAUUCUUUCACUCUUGAGAAGGGAUAAUGUCAAUGUUGACAUGGUCUCAGAAAUCAGAUACUUCAAAGAAGGAAAAGAUGUUGAUCACUGUGGUUGGGUCAUUCUACCGCCCUCUAUGGCAAUAUCAUUGAUCGCUCCUGAAACCAUGUUAAAAUUAUUGCUCAAAAGAAAAAACCAAUUAGUUUGCUUGCACCUUUGUCACCAAAACAUGAUUGUGUCGACUAUGUGUUCAAUUCCUUAUUGGGUACGCUUCAUGUACGAUAGAAUACAAUACAAUCAUCAAUGUUCUAACAUCGUUUACAACCCUGGGUUUAUUCUCCAAUUCAAAUAA